AUGGCACCUUCCAUUCUGCUCUCAGACGCCAUCUCGGACUCGCAUCAAUCGGCUUCUACAUCCAGCUCUUCACCUGCUACAUCGACGUCGGUUACAAGCCCAAGCGAGGAUGCCAGAUGGCUUGAAGGACGAUGCAAUGGCCCCCGCAAGCGACGCAUCAAGGUGGCCAUUGUAGGUAGUGGUCUUUCUGGCCUGGUAGCUGCACACCUCCUGCUCACCAAAACCAGCUCUGACCCCGAUGCUGUUGAUGUGGAGGUGCACAUCUUUGAGAGAUCAGAAAAGCUUGGCAUGGACUCGCAGAGCAUCGAUGUGCCCGAGCAAUUCAGAGAUGCGGGUGUGCUAAAUGCAGAGUUGAAGGGCAAAUCAAGGGUGGACACGCCAAUGAGGAGCUUCAAUGCUGGUGAGUGGACCUCGCUUGUAGCGAGCGAGAGCGUGCGACAUCUUGCCUUUGAGAAGCAUAUAUGCUUACAGCUGCAACAACGCUGCAUCUCAUCACAUGCUUUCGAUCAGGCUAUUACCCGCGCCUGCUUCGGCUGUAUAGGCGCAUAGGCAUCAAGACCAGACCUUCCAAUUUCACAUUCAGCUUCAGCACCCUGUCCAGCGCUGCGUCUGGCCGUCCAGGUCCCUCGCCGCACUUGCUUUACGAAGGCUCUUCAGGUGCUCGAGGCGUCUCACUUCCUUCCAGGCUGUUUAUGACGUCGAACGCGCUGGGUCAAGAGUCGCUUCAGAGCGAAGGCAGUGCUGGCGCAGCAGCGCUAGUAUCUCGCCACGUGGACAGCCUCAAAGCGUACCUCUCUACGCUCAUCACCCUCAUCAUCUCCUACUUGUACUUGCUAAUCGUCGCGCUAUGGCAUCAUCAUCUCGGCAAUACUACCGAUCCAACCCAUCCACUCGCCACCACUCCGCUUUCUGAUUGGUGCGAGCAUCACAAGCUCAGGCGCAGCUUCGUAGACACCAUCUUGAUACCCAUGUUUAGCGCCGUCAUGACUGCCAGAGGUCAGACGGUGAAAGAAGCACCAGCAGCAGAGAUCCUGUGAGUGGUUUCGCGCCCUCGGACGAGCGAAUGGGCGCUCACUGGCGCUGUCUGGUCUCCCACAGCGCAUACAUUGCUGCCACCUUUUCGCGCAGUCACUUUACCGUGGCUGCGGGGGUCCGCGCCGUGCAAGAGCGCCUACUGAGCGAGCUGCAGCCUUCUCAUAUACACACCGGCACAAGUGUAGUCGCCGUGCUGCCCGCUUCAUCUCGAAGUGGUGCAGCAAAUUUGCUUGUGCGAGAAGACGACACGGAACAUCUGCACACUGAUUUUGCUCACGUCAUCUUGGCAACGCAAGCGGAUCAAAGUGCUCGUUUCUUGGCUGCCUACAGCGACACUCUCUUAUCCUACCCCGUCACCUCCAAGGGCGAGAGGCUGGCCUGCUCGCUCGAAUCAAAGCGGAUCCGCGUGACUGCCGAGGCGCUGGCUAGGUUCAGAUACGAGCGCAGCGUGGUCAUCAACCACACCGACGCAUCCCUCUUGCCUCCCAACAAGAAGGACUGGCGCGAUCUGAACCUCGUCACGCUGCCACAUUCUUCUGCAUUUAGUUCGCAAGCUUCAAUUUCGGAAGCUACAAUGGCCACGCACAUUAUCUGCAAAGCUUCAUCUUCCAGCUCUCGCAAUCACGUCCUGUUGCAAACGACUAACCCACUCGAUUCGUUGUAUCCCGACAAAUCGUGCAUCAUCUCGCAGAGCUCGUUCGACAGAGCGAUCCUGUCCAUUCACGCCAAGCAGAGCUCUGGAGCGCUUUUCGAAUGGCGACCUCGCAACAUCUCGGCGACCCUCGCGCUCGAUCGAGCUGACCAUUUGUCCAUAUUUCAGCGUGCGAAGGCCGGUCUGCAAAGGCUCGUCUUGCGCGUCAGAGAUAGAGCAUUGGGCCCAACGUGGGAAAUGCAUGUAGGGCACGCACAAGGCGCACCGUCGAGCAUUGAAGCUGCUCCCUUCCCAGGCAUCUGGACAUGCGGAUCUUGGAGCACGGGCAUCCCCUUGUUGGAAGGUGAGUGA